GACGACGGAGGCAGAACGGGGAAGAGACCCGGGGUCCUGGGGGUGGACGUCAUUAAUGGUCUUACAGCUGGCUUUGGUGCGGGGUCCAUUCGGUCUGCCAUUGUGCAUAUACGCCACCAUCCUUUUCUUACUUUCUAUAUCUUCCUAAUUCUUCCCCAUAACACUAACCUCUUACCUCGCCGUCUAUGACGAACGCUGUCGUCGACGGAACAGUCACUCCCGCAGCCCAAACCGAGGUCAAUGGUAUCGUGCAGCAGGACGCCGCCAAGGAUCGCGUCGCUGUACACACGUUUGACCCAGACGCGACUCCCAACGAGAAGGCUGCCUCCGCUGGCAAGAAUAUAGACCAACUGAAAAGUGUGCAAGAUAAUGGACAUGCGUCCAUUGGCAAAGAAAUAGCUAUCGAUACUGCCGCCGCCUCCCGCAUAGUCCCCACCAUCACCAUUGAGGACGUUGACAAGGCAGCCGAAGAUGAGAAUUCAGAGGAGGAACUUCUUCCUGAUGAACAACUCCCUGCGCCGCCGGGAGCAUUACCAGCAGCACAGGCACCCGAAAUUCCCGACUGGUACAAGGUUGGAUGGAGAGCUGUUUCUGGCAUUGACCUGGUCGCAGCAGAAGAUGAAUUCAAGGACAAGACACUCCUAGAUGCCUUUAUCAGUGAACAAUUCUAUGGAGACUGGUACCAUAACGGUGCGGUCAUCAUUUUGGCCGUGGUGGUGACCCACUUUCUAACGCGAUUCGGUCUCGGAUGGGGAUGGCUGUUCAUCCUCCUGGCCUUCUGCAACACUUAUUACACCACGUCAAUACGUCGUGUUCGGACGCGAGCAAGAGAUGACAUCCAACGAGAACUCAUGAAGACGCGUCUCAUGAACGAACACGAAACCGCUGACUGGAUCAACCACUUCUUGGAUAGAUUCUGGCUUAUCUACGAACCUGUCCUCUCCAAAACUAUUAUUUCCACUGUGGACCAGGUCUUGAGCACGAAUUGCCCCGCGUUCCUGGAAUCCAUGCGUAUGACGACGUUCACUCUCGGUACGAAAGCGCCGCGAAUUGACCGGGUAAAGACCUGGCCGAGAACGGAAGAUGACAUAGUUAUGAUGGACUGGAAAGUUUCCUUCACCCCAAGUGAUACCUCGGAUCUCACCUUGAAACAAGCUCAAAGUAUCGUUAAUCCCAAGAUUGUUCUCAACGUCCGAGUUGGCAAGGGCGUAGCGUCAGUGUCCAUGCCCAUCCUCGUGGAAGACAUGAGUUUCUCUGGGUUCAUGCGAAUUCGUAUGAAACUGAUGACGAAUUUCCCACAUGUUCAAGUAGUGGACGUGUCUUUCAUGGAGAAACCUGUGUUUGACUAUGUCCUGAAGCCCAUUGGUGGUGAGGCGUUCGGCUUUGACAUUGGUAUUAUCCCUGGCUUGUCGGCGUUCAUCCGCGAUAUGGUCCACAGCAUAUUGGGACCAAUGAUGUAUGACCCGAAUGUGUUCACAUUGAACUUGGAACAGAUGUUGUCGGGCGAACCAUUGGAUUCUGCGAUUGGUGUAUUGCAAGUAACACUCCACUCUGCACGUGGACUGAAAGGUGUUAAGAUGGGAGGUGGUACUCCGGACCCCUUCGUCAGUUUGAGCAUCAACAAGCGCGCGGAACUCGCGAAGACGAAGUACAGACACAGCACGAUUAACCCAACAUGGGGCGAGACCAAGUUCCUGCUUGUCAAUUCUUUGACAGAGUCACUUGUGCUUACCGUCUUUGAUUACAACGACCACCGAAAGGACACAGAGUUGGGUGCGGCAGUCUUUGACUUGUCAAAGCUUCAGGAGGAUGCUACUCAAGACGGCAUUGAGUUGCCUGUAUUGAGAGAAGGGAAGGACAAGGGUCUAUUGAGGUUCGACGUCAACUUCUACCCAGUUCUUAAACCUCAGGUGGAUCAGAGCGGCAUCGAAGAAUUACCGGAGACAACCGUUGGUAUUGUCCGCCUCACCCUGCACCAGGCCAAGGAACUUGACUCUACGAAAUCAAGUUCUGGCGAUCUCAACCCAUUCGGCCAAGUGCUACUCACUGGUCCCAAACCCAUCCAUGUCACACCUCGCCACAAACAUACUUUGAAUCCAGUAUGGGAGUCGUCAACCGAGUUCUUGUGUGCAGACAGACACUCGUCUGUGAUCACUGUCAAGGUCAUCGAUGACCGAGACUUCCUCAAAGAUCCUGUCGUGGGUUACAUGCGCGUCCGCCUUGAUGACUUGCUGGAGGCGAAGAAAGAGGUGGGAAGGGACUGGUGGAAGCUGGAUGGAUGUAUUAGUGGUCGACUGCGUUUAAGCGCCGAGUGGAAACCCUUGAACAUGGCUGGUAGUUUGCACGGUGUCGACCAAUAUAUUCCCCCUAUUGGCGUUGUGAGGCUCUGGCUGCAAAGGGCGGCGGAUGUGAAGAAUGUGGAGGCCGCCCUUGGUGGAAAGAGCGACCCUUAUGUUCGCGUGCUCAUCAAUAAUAUAGUUGCCGGUCGGACAGAGGUUGUAAACAACAAUCUCAACCCUGUGUGGGACCAAAUUAUCUAUAUACCUGUGCAUUCAUUGAAGGAGACCAUGCUUCUCGAACUCAUGGAUUAUCAGCAUCUUACAAAGGAUCGUUCGCUGGGCUAUGCUGAACUCAAAGUUGCAGAUCUUGCCUUACCUGCAGACGGCGAGGAGGCGAAAGAGUUCCUCUACAAGUCGACAGGAAAGCAAGCCAGAGAAGAUGCUGUCAAACUUGACAAGGGCACGUUCAAGGGACAAAUUAUCUAUGAGGCCGAAUUCAUCCCUGCGAUCCCAAUCAAGGGCUUGAAGUUCCACGCUGCUAUGAACGAGUUGAAGCGCACUGCGAUGUCUGGUGACUCUGCAGAUGGCGGUACUGUCGCCUCUGAUGGUACUUCUAUAUCGUCUUCCGAUGAGGAGGUGCAAGCGAUUCCCGAUCGCAUCACGACAACUGCACCUUUGCAGACCCGUGGACAUCGGAAGAAUACCACGUCCGUUGACACAGCAGAGACUGCCCUCACGGUGGAUACAGCAACUAGCUCAACGAGUCCUACGAGCCCGACGGCCCCAAUUAGUCCAACUAGUCCUAGUAGUCCGACACUUGGCGGUGAGAAGGAGGAGGUUGGGCUCAAAUUAUCCCAUGACCAACUACUUGAAUAUCAGUCCGGUAUCAUUAUUUGCAAUGUACUUUCCGGCAAAUUGCAGAGGAAGGCGCGGCUCGAGAUGCUUCUGGAUGAAGGGUACUGGCCAGCAUUCAGUACUGUAAAGUCACGCAGUACCCACGCCGAAUGGGAAUACAUCGGCGAAGGCUUCGUCAAGGAAAUGGAUUUCAGCCGCGUCUGGUUACGUCUUAACGUAGCAGAUGAAGGCGAUAAAGAUGAAAUCAUUGGUGAAUGGAAGGGAGACGCCAAGAUCUUUCUCUCACAGUCAUUGGAGGGACCGACAACAUUCGAACUCCAAGAUCGCGAUGGGGAUGAAACAAAGAACUCUACUAUUGUCAUUGAGUCGCGCUUCCUUCCUGUGCCCGUCAAGCUCGAAGCAAGGGAGAGCAUCAAUAAUCAAGGCAUGCUUCGGGUUGACCUUCUGAAAGGAGAAGAUAUACAUGCGCUUGAUCGAGGAGGCAAAUCUGAUCCUUUCGCUGUGUUCCAGCUUAAUGGUCAGAAGGUAUACAAGUCUCAAACCAAGAAGAAAACACUCAACCCAGAGUGGAACGAAAACUUCAAUGUGCAAGUGCCAUCUCGAGUGGGUUCGGACUUCUGGAUUGAGCUAUUCGACUGGAACCAAAUUGAGCAGGCGAAGAGUCUUGGCAAAACCAAGAUAGACCUUGCUGAACUCGAGCCUUUCGAAUCUGUGGAGCGUGUGCUUCAUUUGUCCUCGACCAAAAUCGGGGAUAAAGGUCGAGUGUAUGUUCGGCUUCUCUUCUCACCCGAGAUCGUGAUGAAGGAGCGCAAGAACACCUCCACGUUCAACACGGCAGGUCGUGCAGCCACUCAGAUAGGUCAUAUUCCUGUCAGCGCAGGCCGGGGUGUAGUUCAAGGCGUCGCGGGGGUGUUUAGGAGAGGGAAAGGCAGUUCAGUGUCAGAAUCUGAUGAUGAAGGACCCGGCACUGCUAUUCCUAAGAAGAUCUCCUUCGCCGAUAAAGUAGAUCGAUCAGCCAUUCCAGACCUUCCGUCAGGCUCAGCAUCUCAGCCCGUUGGCAUGGGAGCUACGUUGGGUGCGGAAGGUGCGGUCUUCAGUGGGGGUGAAUCUGCCAAUGGUCAUCAAUUUGAAGCGGGUGUAAUCCGUGUCACUGUCUUGGGUGCGAAGGACCUCCUCGCUCAGGAUGUCAAGCCAUAUGCUAUUGUUCGUAUUGGGGAUAAGGAGUAUAAGACGAAACACGCCCAGAAGACGUCGACGCCCGAAUGGAACGAGACCUUCACUUUCGUUGCAAACCCUUCGUACCCUACCCUCUAUGUUUGGAUUCAUGAUCACAAGACAAUCGGCAGGGACAAACUGCUUGGGUCUGCGGAGGUAGAUAUCUGGAGUCAUCUCAACAAAACCGGUCCUUCGUCAGCUGAUAUCUUCGAAGAGUUGACUGAGGGGCAAGGUUUACUAAGACUUCGCUUGGAAUUCGGCGUUGAGGACAAACAACCAAGGAAAUCCGUAUCCUCUGAACGUCUAUCUAUCUCAGAUCCCAGUCGUAGCCCAGUUUCCUCCCCAUCGAGGUUUAGCCUUAAUCGACGACGAGCAGCCGAUGCCAGUGACUGAUUCAGUACCACUUUCUCCACGUUUCUCUCACCUGCUCUUCUUGGAUGCUAUUUCCAGGCGGACGGGACUUUCAAUGAUACCACUAUCUUACCAUAUCGCAUCUUCUAUCAAUGUAUUCUUAGUUCGCACAUAUUAAUUUAUCCCACAAAAAUAUUCUUUCGUCCGUCUCACAUCGAGAUGU